GGCGGAGCGGAAGGCUGACCCGGAAGCUGAUGUGUCUCCGCCCGCAGGCUCGGAGAUGGCGGAGUGGAAGGAGGAGGUGGAUGUGCUGGUACAGCGGGUAGUAAAGGACAUCACUGGAGCUUUCCGCAGGAACCCCAAUAUAGAUGAAAUUGGGUUAAUUCCAUGUCCUGAAGCAAAGUAUAAUCGCAGCCCUAUAGUAUUGGUGGAGAACAAGUUGGGAGUGGAAAGCUGGUGUAUCAAGUUCCUGCUACCCUAUGUACAUAACAAGCUUUUGCUUUAUCGCCAGAAGAAGCUUUGGCUUAAUAGAGAUGAGCUUAUUGAUGUAACGUGCACACUACUGCUUCUGAAUCCAGAUUUUGCCACAGCCUGGAAUGUAAGGAAAGAACUGAUCCAGUCUGGAGUCUUAAACCCUAUCAAAGAUUUGCAGUUGGGAAAACUGGCAUUGACUAAGUUUCCUAAAAGUCCAGAAACAUGGAUUCACAGGAGGUGGGUUCUACAACGUCUUCUCCAGGAGCACAUUUCUCCCUCAGUCACAUCUAAAGAGGGAGCCUCUCAUACUCUUACAGAGCAGGUUCAGGGAAUUAUACAAGAAGAGAUGAAUGUCUGUGGGGAAGCUGCUGGAAGGUACCCAAGUAACUACAAUUCCUGGUCCCAUCGUAUCUGGGUUCUACAGCACCUGGGAAAGCUAAAUAUUAAGCUUCUCAUAGAUGAGUUGUCUUCCACCAAACAAUGGGUCUCCACACACGUUUCCGACCACAGUGGAUUUCAUUACCGUCAGUUCUUGCUCAAAUCUUUACUAGCUAAAGCACAAACAGACUCUGAUAAUUCAGCUGUGUCAGUGAGUCCCUGUCUUCCCAGAGAAGAAGAGGGCCCACGACUUGAUGUUCCCCUUUUGAUAGAAGAAGAGAUGGAGUUGAGCAGAGAUCUAAUUGAAUCCUACCCAGGGCAUGAAGCACUUUGGUGCCACAGGCGUCAGAUACUUGGAUUGAUUCACCAACUGCACAAUGAACAAUCUUCCUCUUCAACUGUGCAAGCCACAGAUGUGGAUGGCGCUGUUAUCGGCCCAGGAAAUGGAACCCACAACUACACCAGUUUUCUGAGUUGCCCCACCAACACUAUGGAUAUCGACGGAGCAUGUGAUACAAACAAACAGGGCUAUACUCAAGAAACCAAACGGCUAAAACGUACCCCUGUCCAGGACUCUCUAAUAUUUGAAUCUGAGAUCAGGUUCAUUACCUGUGUCUUAACAGGCUGCAGAAAUGCUGAGCAGUGCAGGUUUGCUGCUUCAUACAGAAAAUGGCUGCUGUCUAUUGUAGGUCACUAACAAAACAAAAGUUCUGUACAGAUUACUUAUGGUGCAAUAUUUUCUUUAGCAGUGAUAUGCCAUGGUUGCAUUUGGAACCAUGUGCUUCUCACUAAUUAAGACUAUCCAGGAAUAUUAUUAUUUUUAAUUUAUUUUUUGAAUUAUUACAUCCCACUGUUUUAUUUUGUUCCAUUUCUGUAACGCGAGAAAAAUAAGACUUUUUUUUUAUUGCUGCAUCCGUUCUUAAACUGCAUUAUUUACUAUCAUUUCAAAACACUGUUACAAGUUAAAUAUGUAUUUAGUUGUUCAAUCAUACGCAUGAUUGAGAUGGGAGGAAUUGAAACAGAUGGUUACUUGAGAAUUUUUAACUGGGAUUUGCAUUUUUUCCAGUCUUAGUUUACUAAUAUUCUAGAUUUGAGUAAAACAUUGUCCUAUUCCACAUUUCUGUGCCCAACCCCUUUAUUUUAAUGUAAUAAAACACAAUACAAAAAC